UUGAGUGCCAUGGGAAAGAAUGGUGUAACAUAUCUCUCAACCAACAACAGCAGAGGUGCACCAAAGAAGGUCAUACUGGAAGUGUGUAUUCACAAAGAACUUUUGGAGCAAGUAUUCAAAGACAAUUCUAAGACCAUUAAUGAGUACACAUAUGUAGUUCAUGGUGGAGUACAUUGUUCAAAAGAAACUGCCAUUGUCACCAAAUUUGUUAAAGAUGUUCCCAUUUGUGGAGAAAUAGUUGCAAUCUAUGGCACUGCAGAAAAAUUAGCAUUUGUGUACACAAAGUUGGCCACUCAGAAGUAUGAGCUUUCCUUAAAUGCUUUCAAAGUGUGUCACACGGAGAAGGUGGCAGUUAUACUGGCCGAAGAUAUAGCUUACAGACAUCAUGUUGUGUUCAUACGAGAAGUAGGAGCAAACUUUGUAAUUUUGCCCUCCAAAUCCUACUUAUCACACAAGUACUGAAUACUUCAAAUCAGCUUAACGCAGAAGCUGAUCACCUAACUGCUGACUCAACCAACUUUAUAGGAGGGUUCCUAAAACAGUGCUGCUCAAAAUAUUUACUAGACUGUUUCAACAUUACCACAUGAUUCUGCCAAGAGUUCAA